AUGCGGCGGGGGUCGCGCGUGGGGUCGCGCGUCGGCGGGAUGGACGGCGGCCUCAUCGGCGUCGACGUCGACGGCGACGGCGUCACCGAUUUCACGCUGCCGGUAACACCAUCGAUGGACCCGGACCACGAGCCCUUCGCCCUCGUGGACCUGUUCAUGUCGCCGCACCGGCCGCUCGUGCCCGUCUGGGUGAACAACGUCGUGAGCAUCACCGUCUACGCCGGCGCGCUCGCGCUCUUCUUCCUCGUGCUCCUGCAGACCGGUUCCGAGACGUACCGCGAGACGGAGAUCUCGCAGCACGUCAUGACCGGCGGCGGCCCCGGGAGCCGCACGGGCAAGCGCGACGUCGAGUGCCGGUGCCUGAGCAAGCUGACGGCGUCCCUGGACCUCGAGGACCCCGUGCUCGCCGACGGCGGCUCCUGGCGCGUCGUCAGCGACAUCGCUCUGCCGAGCGCCGCGAACUGCGAGCGCCAGUUCGCGGACCUGCCCGUGGAGGACGCGCACGUCGUCGCCUACGACGGCGCGCGGGGCGACGCCUACGGCUUCUGCUACAGCGCGGCGGCGAACCGCACGUGGGCGCCGCUCGCGCGGACCGCGGCGGGGCCCUGCCGCGACGCGCUCGACGGGACGACGCCGUCCGCGGACGUGUCGAACAUGAUCGUCGUCAAGAUGCGCGUCUGCCCCCAGGGCGGCCGGCGGCUCCAGCCGGGGUCGGGCAACGGGCCCACUGGCCAGGGCCAGGGCCAGGGCCAGGGCCAGGGCCAGGGCGCGCCGGGCGGCGGCGGCGGCGGCGGCUGCUACGACAACGCGACCGCGGCCGUCGCGGCCUGGAACGACGCGCGCGUCUUCGCGUCGUUCUGCCGCGAGUUCGAGGACCACCCGCCCUACAUCUGCUCCUGGUACCGCUACUACGGCUACGCGCGCGUGCUGUCCAUCGCCCACGGGUCCGUCGACUUCCUCCUCGUGCUCGUCGCCCUCGUCACGUCCUUCGCCGCCUGCGCGAUCGGCGAGGGCGUCCACUCGAAGCGGAAGGGGGUCGGCCGCGUGGUCACGACGCUCGUCACGGGCCGGCGGCCGUCCAAGGUCGAGGCCAUGGCGGACCCGGAGCCGCCGCGGACGGCCCAGCCGGGCGGCGACCUCGCCGUCACCGUGGCGCAGCUCCGGCGCGACCUCGACGAGACGCGGCGGCUCCUCGACGAGGUCCGCCGGGACCCGCGCCUCGCGGCCGCGGCGCUGCCGCCGAUCAAGGGGCGGCCCCUCGCGGAGACCAGGGAGGGCCAGGACGCCGAGCUCAGCGACGCCCUCGCGAGCUUCUGCCCGCUGCCGCCGUCCGCGGUCGACCCCGCGUAA